CAUUAGAACCUAGCUCCUCAUAGUUACACUUCAUGUAUGUCUCUUUCUCUGCCCACUAGUCUAUAAAUUACCCUCCCUUCCUUUGUUUGUUAUACCACUUCCUACAUAUCUCAACUUUCCUUUCAAUUUCUUGCUCUGUUUUAUCAUGGAUGCUCAAGAGGAAUAUAUUGGCUCUAACGAUCACACUCACCAGAUCGUGAAACGCAAGCGCACCAAGCGCCAGAGGUCGUCGUCCCCGAUUGGUGUCACCGCGGUCACUUCUAGCUCCUCGUGUGGCGGUGGUGGUGCAGUUGUGGAGGAUUAUGGCUCAAUUACAUCGCCGACGACGUCGAGUGACAUUUAUGAGGGUACAGAGGAGGAGGAAGACAUGGCGAAUUGCCUAAUUAUGCUCGCUCAAGGUGAUUUUCCUCCACCGCAAGUUGUUAGAGAUGGUCAAAUUCGAAAGGAGAAAUUCAAUGCUCGGAAAUUCGCGGAGAUUGCGAGUCUCACAACCGCCGCUAACAAGGCCGGAUUUUAUGCUUAUGAGUGCAAAACUUGUAAUCGUAGUUUUCCUUCAUUUCAAGCACUUGGUGGUCACAAGGCCAGUCACAAGAAACCAAAGCCGACGGCGAUGGAAGAGAAAAAGGAGUCUCCAAUGGCGUUACCUGCAGUUCAAGAAAUCGAUCAAAAAUCGCAAUUCAAUAAAAUUACUCCGACUGGUGUUUUACUCCAGACUCCUAAUAAGGGGAAGAUUCAUGAGUGUUCAAUUUGUGGGUCGGAGUUCACAUCGGGGCAAGCACUUGGUGGGCAUAUGCGGCGACACAGAGCCAUCAACAACAGCCAAGUAGUGGGUUUGAGUGCUGAUACAAGCAAGAACACCAUUGACGACCCAAUUGGGAUUAAGGCGCCGGUCAGAAAUAUUUUGUCACUGGAUCUUAAUCUUCCGGCACCGGAAGAUGAUCAUCAUCUCAGUACCAUUGAGUCGAAGUUUAAGUUCGCGACGUCAACGCGACAACCUCUAGUGUUCUCAGCCCCGACUUUGGUGGGCUGCCAUUAUUGAAAACAAGAAUAGAAAAUUAAUUAAUAAAAAUCCCUGUGAAUUAUUAUUAGUAUUAU